AAUAUAAUUGUGGAGCAAUCACCUUCUCUAUCAGUGAUGACAAUUCUUGUUUGGAAUCGCCAUUUUCAAGCCACCCUCUUUCUCAUCUUCUAUUGUUGCUAUGCAUCACUUAGUUUUUUUAGAAGCAUCUGAAAACGAAAUUAUAGAUAAAGGUAAACGUUUUGUUUUUUAUAUAUCGAGGUAUUUUUAAUAAUUUACUGAAUAACGUAUAAGUUUAUGAUGAUUUAGACUUAUAACACUGACUAUAUUAUCAGUUUUCAACCACUUCAACAAUAUAAAGCACCAGUGUUCCCUUUCCUUUUUUCACAAUCUCUCUCAAUUAUUUCUCCUUUCUCAAUGGUGUCUUGGCAUUUGGCUCUCAAUUUCAGCCUUUUGCUACUGAUUCUAAUCACACCAUCCUUGGAAGGUGGUAGAUCAUCAUGUCAAUUAAUUGGAUCAUGUUCACUCAACGUGGCACAAGAUGCAGAAGAUGAUAGCACGACAUGGGCGGUUCUUGUUGCUGGCUCAAAUGGAUACUAUAACUAUAGGCACCAGGCAGACGUUUGUCACGCGUAUCAAGUACUAAAAAGAGGAGGAUUAAAGGAUGAGAAUAUUGUAGUGUUUAUGUAUGACGAUAUUGCACAUCAUGAAAGUAACCCAAAGCCUGGGGUAAUAAUCAACCACCCUAAAGGUCAUGAUGUCUAUGCUGGUGUACCUAAGGAUUACACUGGGGAGAGCGUGACAAGCAGCAAUCUGUAUAGCGUGAUUCUUGGUGACAAAAGAUCAGUGAAAGGCGGAAGUGGGAAGGUGGUGAAUAGUAAAGCAAACGACAGGAUCUUCAUAUAUUACUCUGAUCAUGGAGGCCCAGGAACACUUGGAAUGCCAACCUCACCAAAUGUAUAUGCCAAGGACUUCAUUCAGGUUUUGGAAAAGAAGCAUGCUGCUGCCACUUACAAACAAAUGGUUAUAUAUGUGGAAUCCUGUGAGAGUGGGAGCAUCUUCGAAGGUUUGCUGAACGAAAAAAUGAACAUUUAUGUCACAACAGCCUCAAAUGCAGACGAAAACAGUUGGGGAACUUAUUGUCCGGGUAUGGAACCUCCCCCUCCACCCGAAUACGAUACUUGCUUAGGGGAUCUCUAUAGUGUUGCUUGGAUGGAAGAUAGUGACCAACAAGAAGCUAACGGAGAAACAUUGGAGCAACAAUAUAAGAAGGUAAAGUUGAGGACUUAUAAUAACAAUAGCUCCCAAGGAUCUCAUGUAAUGGAGUAUGGUACUAAGGACAUUAGAUUGGAGAGCAUUUCUCUUUAUCAAGGUUUUGGUGCAUCUAAUAUCUCCAUGUUUAUUAACGACGACACUAAUGUUCCUAUGGGAGUCGUUAAUCAAAGAGACGCAGAUCUCGUGUUUUUCCAAACAAAGUACGAGAAAAUGAUGGAAGGAUCGGAAGAAAAAAGGGAUAUGCUGAAGCAAAUGAAUGACAUAAAGAGCCAUAGGUUACAUCUGGAUGCUAGUGUUGAUGCGAUUGGGGAGCGACUAUUUGGGUCAGGAAGCGGUCGCUUGGUUCUUAGUUCUCUUCGAGCUCAAGGAAAGCCAUUGGUCGAUGAUUGGGGAUGCCUUAAAUCUAUGGUUCGAGUGUACGAGACACAUUGUGGUGCAUUGACUGAAUAUGGGAUGAAACAUAUGAGAGCAUUUGGCAACAUUUGUAACAAUAAGGUGAGUGGGGCAGCCAUGGAGGAAGCUUCUAUAGCUGCUUGUAGUGGGUAUGAUGAAAUUGGCGAGUGGAGUCCAUUGAAGAAGGGAUAUAGUGCUUAAUUCAUUGUGUUACAAACAAAAACGAUUAUUGUGCAUACUAAGAUUGUCUAAAUAUAAAGGCCGGUCGAUGUUGGUCUAAAUAAUUGUAAAUAUAACAUCUCUAGAGCUGCUUUUACUUUGAAUC